ACUCAUUAUAUCUAAUAAUUUAACUUAUAACCCUUGCCUAAAAAAAAAAUAUCAAUUAUUUUGCUCUUAUUUACAAAAAGGUCCUCUCCCCCAAAAACCUAAACUAAGAAACCAAAACCCUACCACUGUUACCCCGAGUCUCUCUCACUCAGCUCCACUUCUCAACUCAUCGCCACAAAAAAUGUCUUUCCUCUCUCGCCUCCUCUACCGCUCCUUUUGCACCUCUCUCCCCCAUCCCACCACCAAUAUCAGGCCCCUCUCUAAUGAUAUCUCACUCAGCUCACUCCUCAACUCAUCACCACAAACUUCUUUCCUCUCUCACAUCCUCUACCGCUCCUUUUGCAGCUCUCUCCCCCAUCCCACCACCACCAUCAAUAUCAGGUCCCUCUGUAAUGAUAUCUACAAAGAACGCAACCUUGGGAGACUUGUUGAAAAGUUCAAGAAAUAUUCCGAGUAUGAACGCUUCCGCACCAAAGUCGGUAUUUACAAGUCCACCAUCCUCCGCCUCGCCUUCGCCAAGAAGUUCAUACUGAUCGAAGAAAUCCUCGAAGAUCAGAAGAAGUACAGUAACAUUUCCAGAGAAGAAUUCAAUGGUCGCCUCAUUUCUCUUUACGGCAAGUCCGGCAUGUUCGAUCAUGCAUCCAAGGUGUUCGACGAAAUGCCGGACCACAAAUGUGAUCGCACCGUGAGGUCUUUCAAUGCCCUUCUUGGGGCUUGUGUUAAUUCGAAGAAAUUUGAUAAGAUAACUGGGUUUUUCCAUGAACUGCCGGAGAAAUUAUCGAUUAAGCCAAACGUAGUUUCGUAUAACAUUAUGAUUAAGGCCUUCUGCGAGAUGGGUACAUUGGAUUCUGCAAUUUCAAUGCUUGAUGAGAUGGAGAAGAAUGGAUUAGACCCUGAUGUGAUCACAUUCAAUACGUUACUGGACACCUUUUAUGGGAGAAAUCGGUUUGUGGAUGGCGAGAAGAUAUGGGCUAGAAUGGAAAACAAAAAUGUUGUUCCUAAUAUUAGAAGUUACAAUGCAAGGUUGGUUGGGUUGGCAACUGAGAAGAAAAUGUCGGAAGCAGUUGAGUUAGUUGCAGAAUUGGGGGCUAAGAGGUUGAAAGCUGAUGUAUUUACUUACAAUGCUAUGAUUGGAGGCUAUUGCAUGGAUGGAAGCAUAGAGGAAGCCAAGAGGUGGUAUAGAGAACUGGCCAGUAAAGAUGAUUGUGCCGCAGAUAAGUCGACUUUUACAAUGCUAGUUCCCUUUGUCUGUGAGAAUGGUGAUUUUGAUUAUGCUUUUGAGCUGUGCAAGACUAUCAUCCAUAGUCGAUGUCUUGUUGAUGCAAAAUUGCUGCAGGAUGUGGUAGAUGGGUUGGUUAAACAGUCAAAGAUUGAAGAAGCUAAGACGCUUGUUCAGCUGGGGUACUCAAAUAAUUACACUCGCUAUAACCUGAAAAUGCCUUCAGACAAGUAAUGAAAUUUUUACUAAUUUUGUUGUAUGAUCUUGUGUGUUGAAUCCUUGUGCUAGUUAGACAAGCGGGGAAGGAAUUUUGCUGAAUUUUGGAGAUCUAGUAACUAUUUAAUUUUUAUUAAAAGCUGGAAUUGGCAUUAAAUAAAUUGCAAAAUGGUCUGUUAUUUUUUGUUAUACUUAAUGUAGUCCCUUUUCUGACUCAUCUUAAGCUUCUCAUGGUGUAGUCAAAUUUGCUUUACUGUGAUAAAUUCAUAUUUGUUGGUCUUGACACUAAAUUGAUUCACUGAUGCAAAUUUUGGCAUGUAAGUUAAAAUGAUUAUUUGGUUUUAUACUUGUUUAUAUUGUAAAUUAA